AUGGGAGGCGAAACGCAAUUACCGGAUCCACCGGAUUUGGAGCAGAGAUCAACAGGAGCCGUGAAAAAAGGAAGCAAUGAAAGAAUGGUGAUUGAAGGAGAAAGAACAUCGAAGCAGGACAGUGGAAAAAAGGAUAAACCGGUCUUCAACUACACGGUUACCGAUUCGGGGCCGUAUAGGGUGUACUUUGAGCCACGCAGUGAAGCAGCCGAAAAAUUUCCUCAAAUAAAUAAGUUUGCUUUGGGAAGUGCUUUGAGAAAAAUGGCUGGCUACAAAAAUUUUAUUUCAGACAUGAAAUACGUAAGCCGACAGAAAAUUAUUGUAUUUCUCAGCAGUUACAACAAAGCUAAUAAGCUGGUUGAGGAAAUAAACGCAUCGUCCGGUGAGUACAAGGCAUACAUUCCAAAACAUUUGAUAUGCAUUACCGGUAUUGUGAACGGGAUACCAAUUAAUUUGGACAUGGGCGAAAUACAGGAGGAUACGGAGAUAGUUUGCCACAAAUGCCUGAGAUUUGGACAUAACACUACGAACUGCAAAGGAGCGAAGCGUUGUGAUAAAUGCGCGGAACGACACGAAAACGAUGAAGAUUUUGAAAACUGUUUGAAUCCGAUCAAAUGUGCAAAUUGUCGCAGUCGCGAACACAGUUCAACUGACAUCGAUUGCCCGGAGAAGAAGAGACAACAAACCAUUAAAAUGUUGAUGUCCAAGCGCAACUGGACUUAUGCGGAAGCAAGAGAACAAGUCACCAUUAAUCAGAACGUGUAUGCUCCACUACAAAAUAUCACAGAUUUCCCUACUCCAGCAGAAAGCUAUGCAAGCAUGACGCAAGGAAAUUUCAGGUGGAAGGAUCCAUUACGGGAACAAUGGACUAAAACAAAUCAGGACCGGAAAUCCAUUCAAGCCGCCGUGAAACUUCACAAAGACCAACCAAAUACAACUACAAACGGACAGAAAGCGAUCCUAUCCAGCCUAGAUCAAUAUAACAAAGUCAUUAUCGGCGGCGAUUUCAAUGCGCACCAUAAUGAAUGGGGAGAUGACGUUUGUGACCUUAAAGGAAGGAAAUUUUUAGAUGCAAUCAAUAAUAGUCGACUACUUUUGCUAAAUGAUGGUAGCAAAACUUUUAUUCCGACUCAACUCAACAAACGUUCAAGCGCCAUUGACAUUACCUUGUGUUCUGUUAGCAUUAAAAAUCUAGUUAACUGGAAAGUACUGGAUUACGGUAUAGCUAGCCAUCACAUGUGCUUAGAGAUACUCUGGGUAACUAAAGUACCAGUGCAAAAACAGUUCUACUAUAAUAAAACUAAAAUUGCUAAUCAGCUAUCUAAACUGGAUGCCUCACAAAUAAAUUGUGUCAACGAUUUGACAAAUAAUGUCAAAAAACUUUUCAAAGAAAACCGAAUGAACUGUAGAAGAACUCCCAAAUUCUGGUGGUCAGACAGCGUAGACGAAGCCUGGAAGCAAAAAACGGAAGCUAGGAGGAAGUACAACAGACACUCUACGCUUGAAAAUUUAAUUGACUUUAAGAGAAAAGCUGCAAAUUUUCAACGAAAGAAAAGGGAAGAAACUCGAAAAAAGUUUGAGGAGUUCCCAAAUGAAAUCGGGCCCUUUAUCAGUUCUAAGCUGCUUUGGUUAAAGGUUGGGCGCCUAACCGGCAAACGAUUUUUCAAAAAGGAAAACAACAUUCUCCAUGACGACGAAACUUUGGCUGAACAAUUCCUGGAUAUGCAUUUUGGUCCAAAUGACCCACAAUCAAUCGAAACCCCCUUUUCUAUCAACAGUGAUAGCUUGCUAAACAAGGAGAACUGGUAUAGGAUCCUAGGCAGAAAGAAAAAGUCAUCAGCUCCUGGGGAAGAUAACCUCUCCUACGAAUUGUUAUCUAAUCUGAAGACAGAGCUUACAGAAAAGCUGAUUUCCCUUCUAAAUGAAAUGUGGAGAAGGAGUACCAUCGACAAAAGCUUGAAAAUUAUAAAAGUAAUUGCGAUACCUAAGCCGGGUCGCGAUCAGAAUACGAUAGCUGGGAAAAGGCCGAUUUCUCUUGUUCCAGCAAUUACGAAGCUGGCCAAUUCAGCUGUUCUGGAACGGCUCCAGAAGUUUCUUGAUGAGAAACGAAUAUUGCCUGAUAAUUCAUUUGGUUUCCGCAAGAACUUAUCUACGAAUACCUGUGUGAACUACGUUCUCAAUUGGGUUAAACAGAGUAGACGCCUCAAUUUUUUAACGGCACUGAUAUGCAUCGAUUUAUCCAACGCAUUUAACGCAGUCAGACUGGAUAAGCUGGAAGAAAUCAUGUUGAGGAUCGGCGUUCCACAAGAUGUUUUGCUUUGGACAAUUUCUUUCCUGAACAAUCGACAAAUUGUGUUUCACACAAGUAGCAAAACUAUCACUAGAACUAUAAACAACGGGCUCCCUCAAGGUGAUGUGUUGUCUCCCACUCUCUUCAACAUCUACACCAUAGACCUGCAUAGAAAUGCGAACACAGAAGUCGAAUUGGUGCAGUUUGCCGACGAUUUUGGCAUUUUGCUCCGGGCCAAAAAUAUUGAUGGACUCAACGAGCUAGGUCAAGAAUAUCUGAUCAAUUUUACAACUAUCGCAGAGUCACUGAACUUUUCCAUCAACCCGGAGAAAACGAAAGCUCUACUAUUUCAAAAUGGCACUAAAAAGCUUAAUAUAUCUAUCAACGGCAUCGGACUGGAAACUGUAAAAUGUCAUAAAUACCUGGGUGUGACUUUUGACCGUUCUCUGAGCUUCGGAAUUCACAUCAAAGAUCUGAAGGCAAAAAUUCAAGACCGACUCAACAUGGUGAAGGUUCUCAAUGGAGUCAAACAUGGAGCUCACCCUCAAACGAUGCUAAAAAUCCACACGGCACUUUUCAGAGCCACUAUGGAACAAAACUGUUCGGUUUACAACAAUUCCAGUUGCACAAACCGCAACAUACUUACAGUUAUCAAUAACCAGUGCCUAAGAAGGGUUACAGGUUUGACCAGAUCCACUCCAAGAAAUGUAAUUGUUGCUCUCAGUGGGCAAGAGCCCGUAGGGUUAAGACAAGAAUUCGUGACUUGCAAGGAAUUAUGCAGACAUUUCUCCCGCAAUAAUGUCAUUGCCCAACAGUUGAGAAAUGUGGUGCUACCAGAAGAUAAAAAUAGCUGGAAGAAAUUUUCGUAUCAAGAGCAAAUUUACUGGGUCCACAAAGAGAUUUUCGAUAACAUUCAGCCAAUCUUACGCUCAGAAUUUUUCCAACCUGUCGAAAUAUUCCCUGAAUUGGAAGGUCUAACUACGACGAAACAAAAUACGAACCCGAUGAGAUCCAAACAACUAGCCUUAUUCGUUAUGAACGGUAGAAACAAGGGUAGAGGACGUGUUUUUACUGAUGCCUCGAAAGAUGGGUCGAAGUGUUCCAUAGGAGUGUUUUUCGAAAUGACGAAUCUUCGGCUUUCCAUGCUGUUAGGCAAGGAAACAAGUAUAACCUCAGCAGAAUUAAUUGCCAUCAGAGAAGCUACACGGAUCAUCGAAGAAAGAUCACUGGUGCGAUCGGUAAUAUACACUGACUCCAAAGCAUCCUGUCUCAUGUUACAGGCAGCCCAGGAGUCCAAACAAGACGAAAGGAUUUUAAUCGAAAUUCUACGAGUAUGCUCUCUCCAUCAAGUUGCUAUUCAAUGGAUCCCUAGCCACGUUUCCAUCCAAGGAAACGAAAUUGCAGAUAGUCUGGCUAAGCACGGCCUUCAGUCGGCUAACGUUUAUGAAAACCACUUUAUGGUAAAGGACAGCAUGGCUUUCUUCAAAAGGUACUUAGGAGAGAAAACAGAGUCUUGGUACAGCUCUUACUCGGAGGAGAAAGGCAAAAUUUUUCAUUCCAUUCAACCCAAAUUCUCAAAAACUCCAUGGUUCAUUGGACAAGAUAUGGAUGGCAGAGACAUUCGUCUCUUGAACCGUCUAAUGACCACUCACGACUACUCGAAGUACUGGCUGGCGAGGAUGAAAAUAGUUGAGGACGCCAAUUGCGAAACUUGUUCAGUACCAGAAACGGCAAACCACAUAAUAAUAGAAUGUCCCCGGUUCACAUCUCUAAGAUUACAAUACGAUUUCAACGGAUUAUAUUCAAACAUUCAAGAUAUCUUCAAGUCAAAGACAAUUAUGCACUAUAAGGAAAUCGUAGAAUUUGUACGCAAGACAAAGAUCGAAUUCUAA